CAGAAAGCGAUCUGACAUGCAAACAAACCGAAAAUCAGAAGUUAGCCAGGCUAGUUGACUGCUACAGUUGCUAAAGCCAGAAAACGACACGGAAGGGUUUGUGACAGUUUACUAACUAGUUCCAUAGAGAACAAAGGGCCAUCGUCUAUAGAAAAUGUCUUACUGGAUCUGCUGUAACUCCUGCUUCAACCUCCCUGGUCCUGACCGCAAACUAGCUGUUACUACCUGUGGUCAUGUCAUCUGCAACGUGUGUUUUCAGAAAGCCAAUCAAGGGGAGUGCAUGAUAUGUAACGCAAAAUGUCAAGUUACUCCUCUCUCAGACAAAAGUAGUGCAGAAGUAAAGGCCCUCUUCUCUGACAUAAAUUCUGUAGCAACCAAACACUUAACAGAGAUAAGCAAGGUGUUACUAUUCCAGGCAAGGCACCAAAAGAGGUUGUUGGCACAUUCCCAGCAGAGGAAUGAAAAGUUAGAAGAAGUUUUACUCAAGAUGAAGCAAGAAAUGCAGCAAAUGUCCAAGAAAAUUACAGAGCAGAAUGCCUAUAUUGCCAAGCUGGAGAGCACUCGUCAGCAGCAAAGUACAAAAGCAGCUUCUACAUCACAGCUGAACCGUAGUUCUCACAAUGCUCGUUCACAUCAAAUCAAAUCAGAUCAAAUGCAGAUACCAUUCAACUCACCCAUGUCCCUCUCUCGCUACUCGUCUACUACAAGUCUGGCAGAAAACAUGGAGGUGGAUAACAGAGGUCUGUUUAGGAAACCGGAGCUCUCUGGAAGUGUCCAGAGGUUGUCCUUGAUCAGCCCUCCACAGGACGGCCGGAUGGGUACCGUCCCCCAUCGAUCGACCAUUCAGAACACCCUAGUCAACCACUCAGCUCGCUCGGCCACUGUCAGCCGCCUGGCGGAGUUGCAGAUGACCCCUAACCUGCCGUAUCGUAGGAACACGGGGUGGGAGACGCCCGUGUUCAAGCCCCCGUCAGCCUACAGACACUCCUCCAUGUCUUCUCUGGUCAUGUCCUCUCUGGGGGUCACCUGCCCUCCACCGUAACACCGCCAAGAGCCAGACAUCACGACGGCACAAGGAGACUGCUCUGAUCCACUUCUAUGCCCUCAACGAGUGACUUAGCUAGAGUAUCAAAUCACCUGGCAAUGGUUGAACUCUCCACCAUGGAGAGAUGAGCUGUGGAAUAGGAAGUGUUGUUCAGAAAUUGAGCCCCCUUCACACAGGGUUAAGAAGAGUUUGGAAGCUGUGGUCUGUUGGUUGUGUGUGCAGUGUACCGUGUAUAUUGUCAUUGUAAUGGAUUCCAUACAGUAUUACUUGUCACAGUAACAAAUAAAAUUUAACAAACCAAUCAAAUUGAUCUCUCAAUAAUGAA